GGCCUCCAGAGCGUCGCGGCGGCGGCGCGGCGGGCGCACGGCGCUCGAACUCGACAUUAUCAACAGUUGCGCGCCGCUGCGAGUGCUGUGACAAGUGAAACCUCGGAAUUAAGUGCGCCAGUAUUCCAAACGAUGGCUUAUAAUGACUAAAGACAGGCUCAAAGCGAUACAAGCGGUGCUGAGAGAUGAAGAUCCUUACUAUGACACAACCUUGGAAUAUGGAAUGGUCAACGUCGCGCUGGACAUGGAGGAUGAGGAAGCAGGAUACAUGGAACACUUCUUUAGAGAGGUGGAAGAAUCACGGUCGCUGAUAAGGAAUAUGGAGGAGCACGUCAAAAUAAUGCGCUCGCUUCACAGUCAACUACUAUCCUCGCCCAGGCAAGAUGAAAGACUUAAAUUGGAACUUGAUGCUCGCACAGAAACAGUCAAACACAUAGCCAAAAAAGUGCAGCAUCGUUUAAAACAGCUAGAGCGAGGGAUACGACAAGAGGAAGAGGACUUGGAGCCCGGUUCAAGAAUCCCUGCAGGGCUGAGAAUUCGAAAGACACAGCAUGCGACAACUUUACACCUGUUUGUCAAAGCAAUUACGGACUUCAAUGCUGAGCAGGUGGAUUAUAAGGAAAAAUGUGAGGAGCGGAUCCAACGAGUCGUUUCAAUAGCUAAAGCAGAGAUCUCAGACGAAAAGUUGGAGGAGCUUCUUGAGAAAGGAAACUAUGGCUCAAUUUUUAAUGGUGAUAUAAUUACCGAGACGCUAGAGGCAAGGCGUGCUCUAGAAGAUGUUCAAAUUAGACAUGAAGAAUUGUUAAAACUGGAGAAGUCUAUCCAAGAGUUACGAGACUUAUUUGUAGAAAUGGCUUUACUCGUUGAACAACAGGGUGACAUUAUAAAUAGUAUAGAACAUCACGUUUUGGGAGCAGCAGAGGCAGUAGAAACCGCAAGAGUUCAAACGAAAAAGGCGAUAGUAUACAAGGAGAAAGCAAGAUUUAAAAAGUUACUUCUGCUGCUCAUAAUUGGUGUGUUCGUGUUUGGUAUUGUGUUUUGGAUUUACCUCGGUUUUUUCAAAUCAACAAAUCCCAGUUGAUCAAUAUGAACCUUUUCUAUUCAUCUAUUUUAAGUUCCUCAUGAUGUCAUUUGUUAUGCGCUUACAUUCUUUGUAAAUAUUUGUAAAAUAUUUUCUUAAUUUGUUUUAUCUCGAUUUUGUUGUGAUUACUUCAAGUGAUAAUUAUACCUGAUAAGUACCAUUGCGUUAAUUUCUGCUAUACCCUGAUUUCCUAUUACCUUUUUAUUGCGAUAUGUCUUAAAAUAAAAUACCAACUUUUGAUCUAAAA